CGUCUACUGAACUUUAUGCGAUAGAAGGUAGAUUUGCUUUAAACCAAGUUGUAAGAGACAUUUCACAACUUGAACCAACAACAAAAGUUAUAUUAGAUGGUUCUUACCUAUUAGAAGUUUUAUCAAGGAAAUUCAUUUAUCCAAAGUUAAGAAUUGAUGUGAGUUCAACAGGUAUAAAACCAACAGUAAUAAUUACAGGUAGUGAAUGGAAUAGUAAUUCUCCAAAAUUGCAGUAUCCAUUAGAAUUAUAUGCAAGAGCUCGAUCUGAAUAUUUUACGGUAUAA